CCAUAGUUUCGGAUCUAAUAGGAAGUUGCCUUGAGCUGGAAUUUGAGGAGGCAGCAUGGAAAUCUUGUAAAUACAUUUUAGGAAAGGCAUGUCAUCCCAUGACAGCAUUCCCACUAGCUGCACUGUGACUAGGCAGAAGCUUGUCCCCUGGAGACUGCUACUCUGAAGUCUCUACGAUGCUGAGGAGCUCCAUUCGGAUGGUGGCAGGGCUGGCCUGCCGGAUAUCUCCCACAUGCGGUCCUCAAGCGGCAGUGGGCCGGAGACCCUUGCUGCCCUCCGCCCUUAAACCAGCUGCCAAUGCCACAGCUUGCUUCUGUCAGUCCAAGCAGGCGAAGGAUUACGCUCUCCCCAACGCUACCUGGAGCCAGGACAUGAUGACUCAGUACAACAAGUUCAUGGCGAUGUCCAGAGAUGGGACGUGGAAAAGAUUACCUUCGUACAGGCACAUUGUGGAACAUAUGCCAGAAAGGAUGCGGCAAGAACACAAGGAGAAGAUAAACAGAGAAACCAGGCUAUUCCUCCGAAACAUGGAUGUUGAAGGAAAGGGAUUUGAGUACGUUAUGUUCGUGAACUCUUCAGAGAAAAGGGUUGUGUGUGUGUUCCAGCCGGGUCCCUAUCUGGAAGGACCACCAGGGUUUGCCCACGGGGGCUGCAUCGCAACCAUUCUCGACAGCACCUUUGGGGGCUGUGCCGUCGUCUUUGGGGGCAGAGUGAUGACCGCUAACCUGACCAUAAACUACAAAAACCCAGUCCCACUGGGAUCGGUGGUCCUCGUAGACAGCAAACUAGACAAGACAGAGGGGAGGAAACUGUUUAUAUCCGGCCAGGUGCGGAGCGCUGAUGGAGAGACCCUUCACACGGAAGCCACGGCACUGUUUAUCCAGGUAGUUCCACAGACAUCUCCUCAGCAACCAGAUUGCUCCGAGUAACCCACCCAACCGCACCUGAGGAUCUUCGCCGGGAACAGGUUGUUUGAAACGGAGCCAAUCAAGUUCUCUGUCAGUAUCCAUCUCCUUGCAUAAGACCUUCGUAAUCUAACCCUGCAUGUUUUGGCGAAGGAGCCCUCUUGGAUCCCAACUGCCUGUGCCUCUUCCUGGCAUCCGUCCAGUUCGUACUAGCUAGGAACUGUUCUCUGUUACAGAAGUGAGCGGUGCUGGAAUUCAACUGCCACUUUUUGCACGUGGCGCACGUCCAGGUAGGUGCUCUCCUGCUGAUAGGCAAGCUGAUUGUGGAGCGUCUCUCUAACCCCAUAGCAUCUACCUCCGUUUGAAUGCCAGUGCUUUUGUCUUCUUCAGAGAUGGGGUUCCUCUCCAGGAAGCGACACUGUUUUUUUCAGCCUUCUGGACAAGGCUUGUAUCCAAGCAGAUGGCUCUCAGAAGUCCGGGUGCCUUUUGCAUACAAAGACUUUAUCCGUUUCACUUACUUUGGUGUAAGGAGCUUUCCCCUAUUGCAAGAAGCUUGAAAAGAAGUCAGGGGAGGAAAUGCUGCCGUUCGUGGAAUGAACUCACAGCUCUCAACCCCAAAAGUGGUUUGGGCCAAACAGUAUUUUUGUUUGUUCAACGUUUUUCUCCUGAUCUGCUUUCUUCCGGGAUGGGUAAAAAGUUAACUUUGAUGCUUGAAAGACAAA